UGUUUACGGUGUGAUUUGUUGUCGCACGCGUUCGCGGCAGGGUAGGCACGCUCGCGUGCACAGGUUCGUUAUCUCACGCGAGCACAUCGCUUCCCCCCCAUCCCCACCUCCCCUUCCCUCCUCUUGAACUCUCCGCGUGCGCUGCCCGUUGGCCGCCGUAAAGCGUUUUUUCCUCCCGGACAACAUGGAGAGGAAGCGGUGCUGAGACCGAUCCGAAGCCCGUUGUGAAAGUCAGAAGCGUCCGACCUGACUGUGAGCCGAUCUCUGAUUGGAGGAAUGAAGCGCCAAUCUACUCAGCUCGAGUGAUCGGGGGUGGACGGAGGUGCAGGAUAUCCAGGUCAAGCGAGGAGACUCCAGUGGUGACAUCCUGUGGAGCCUGAGAUCAAAGGUGAGGAGGCUGUUUUACUACCGCUGGAACUGGAGAUUGCUUUGAAUAAGCAAGUCCUUGGAGAAGGUUUUUGAGUCAUGAUGCAAGACUCUGGCACUGAAACGACGAGCAAUGGACCAGCCAAUCAGAACGGAGGUGCAAACAUGGAGGGUGUGCCUCGUGAGGGAAGGCCCACAAGUGUGGCGCCGUCAGUGGACGUGACUGCUGCGGACCUCCUGCAUCUCCAGCAGCACCAGGCCUUCCAAGUGGCUCGGCAAAUUCUUCUCCAGCAGCAGCAGCAGCAGCAGCAGUCCCAGUCGCAGCAGCUGCAGUCUCAACAACACGCUGGCCGUAAAUCCCCCAAAACCGGUGACAAGCAGCAGAGCCUGCAGGUUCCAGUGUCAGUGGCUAUGAUGACACCUCAAGUGAUAACUCCACAGCAAAUGCAGCAGAUUCUCCAGCAGCAAGUCCUGAGCCCUCAGCAGCUCCAGGUCCUCCUCCAGCAGCAGCAGGCCCUCAUGUUACAGCAGCAGCAACUUCAAGAGUUUUACAAAAAGCAGCAGGAACAGCUUCACCUCCAGCUCCUCCAGCAGCAGCAGCAGCAACAUGCAGGCAGCAAGCAGAGCAAAGAGCAGCAGGUGUCAGCGCAGCAGUUGGCCUUCCAGCAGCAGCUCCUGCAGGUCCAGCAGGUCCAGCAGCAACACCUGCUCAACCUUCAGAGACAAGGGCUGCUCACCAUCCAGCCAGGACAGACCGGCCUGCCGCUGCACUCGCUCACUCAGGGCAUGAUUCCAGCAGAGCUGCAACAACUGUGGAAAGAGGUAACGAACGCUCACGUGAAGGAGGAGCUCAACAGCAGCAACAACGGCCACCGGGGCCUCGACCUGUCCUCCCCGGCGCCGCCAAAGAACCCAGUCCUCAACCAGCACGCCUCCACCAACGGGCAGUACAUGAGUCACAAAAGAGACGGAUCGACGCUGGAAGAGCCUUCCCCCCACAGUCACCCUCUUUACGGCCACGGCGUCUGCAAGUGGCCCGGGUGUGAGGCGGUUUUUGAUGAUUUCCAGUCAUUCCUCAAGCAUCUCAACAAUGAGCACGCCCUGGACGACAGGAGCACGGCCCAGUGUCGGGUGCAAAUGCAGGUCGUCCAGCAGCUGGAGCUGCAGCUAGCGAAAGACAAAGAGCGUCUGCAAGCCAUGAUGACGCAUCUUCAUGUCAAGUCCACAGAGCCCAAAGCCACUCUGCAGCCGCUCAACCUCGUGUCCAACGUCACAUUGUCCAAGUCGGCCCCCGAGGCCUCUCCUCCUCUGAGCCUCCCGCAGACCCCCACCACACCCACAGCGCCCCUCACACCCCUCUCGCAGGCCCACUCCGUCAUCACAGCCAACAGCCUCCACAGCGUGGGGCCGAUGCGACGGCGCUACUCAGAAAAGUACAACAUGCCCAUCUCUCCAGAUAUCAGUCAGAACAAAGAGUUUUACAUGAAUGCAGAUGUCAGGCCACCGUUCACCUAUGCCUCACUAAUAAGACAGGCAAUCCUCGAAUCCCCGGAAAAGCAGCUAACACUAAACGAAAUCUACAACUGGUUCACACGAAUGUUUGCAUAUUUUAGACGCAACGCAGCAACAUGGAAGAACGCAGUCCGGCAUAAUCUUAGUCUUCACAAGUGUUUUGUGCGAGUAGAAAACGUAAAAGGGGCUGUGUGGACAGUCGACGAAAUAGAGUUCCAAAAGAGACGGCCUCAAAAGAUCAGCGGAAGUCCAGCCCUAGUGAAGAACAUUCAGACCAGCCUGGGCUAUGGUCCAACUCUCUCUGCCGCCUUCCAGGCUUCAAUGGCAGAAAACAACAUACCUCUAUACACUACUGCUUCCAUUGGAAGUCCCACUCUCAACUCCCUGGCCAACGCCAUCCGCGAGGAGAUGAAUGGAGCGAUGGACCAUGGAAACAGCAACGGGAGUGACAGCAGCCCGGGACGCUCGCCCCUGCCAGCUAUGCAUCACAUCAGCGUUAAGGAGGAACCACUGGACCCCGAAGACCACGACGGACCCCUCUCCCUGGUGACGACCGCCAACCACAGUCCGGAUUUCGACCACCACAGAGAUUACGACGACGACGUGGGCCACGACGACAUGCUGUAAGGCCGAGACGGUGUGGAUCCUCUGGGGGACGGAAACACCGGACUGCAGUCUCAGCCUCUCACAUGUCUCCCAGCUGACGUUUUAGUGCCAUUACAAAACAUAGCAAGAACCCAGGGGGGGCGGGGGGGGGAAACACCCCCAAUGAGGGGGCAGGGGGUGUUUUUUUUAUUUCGGACAGCUUUCUACCUUUGAUUUCAGUAAACGCUUAAAAAGUGAAACCUUCAUUUGUACUGGUGUCGGACGGAUCUGUUUGGUACUGAGGUGGGGGGCAACGUGUCUGCGAUGGACCCUAGGCUGCGCAGCCAUGACGGACUGCACUCAGCGGACUGCAAAAGAGGGGCUCUGUACUCCCCCCACCCCACCCUGCCAGCCACUCUCUGAGACACACACAUGUGACCAUAAACUGAAGAGAGAGAUAAAGACGAGACAUUUAAUUUACACGGUGUGUGUGUGUGUGUGUGUGUGUGUGUGUGUGUGUGAGGGAGAGCGAAUGAGUUCAUUGUCACUGCCUUCAACACUUCUUAUUGGUUUGAUUCCAUCAAAGGUGGGAGGGACUGUUUUGUUCUUUCAGGGGUUGGGGGGGGGGUCUCUUUUAUUGUUUUUAAGAGGAGGGGUCCUAAAAUAUCAUCCUGAUGUGUCCUCUCCAUUAUUCAAUGCUGUUUCACAUGUUGCAUCUUUAUUUGUGAUUAUUUCUUGAAACUGAUCAGACCUCAUGCCCGUGCUGUGGAGAUUCUGUGCGGUCGCCACUUUGAUGAUGAAUGUUUAUGAUUUCCUCUCAUGCUGUUCUUUUAAAAAAGCCACACACACGAAGCAGAAUGUCAGAUACCAAGUAGUAUUUUUCUGUCAUUUAUUCCACUUUCUUUCCAAACAAAAAAAAAAAAGAAGAAGAAGAAGAAAAAAGCACCCUCCUCUGCGCCCCUCUCCCUCCUGCUCAUGAAGUCCAUUGGCAAUGCACUACUCAUAAUGAAGGCUCUCUCCACGCAUCAAUGAAGUUUAAUUUAAGAUGCGAAUGAAUGACAGAGAAAUCAUGCAGGUUAUGAUUUAUCCUUAUGAAAUUAUUCUUUAAAACAGCCCCUCACGGCAGAGCGUGCUGAGCCGCAACACAAUUUCUGAUCACUUACAAGCUCCGGGUUUUUUUUUUAAAGCCAAAUGAAAAUGUCAGGUGUGCAUCAGCAAGAUAAUGAUUUAGACCAACUAAUUGUGAUUCCUGAACAGAGCCGUCGUUGUUAAUCAAAGGCGCCUGCGUCCCCACGCCGUUAUUCCAUGCGGCGCUCGAGGAUAAAGCCGCGCUCCCUGUAGUUUUUAUUUAUAUCACGCGCAUGACUAGUUGCGACUUUUGAGCGUUAAUAACACGCACCCUGGAUGGAACGCGGAGGAUCCUGGCGCCGUCGAACAUUUCCCGUUCCAGCAUCCGACAGCAAUAUCAAACUGUACGCAGACGACUGUCUUCUCAGCGUCGCCCCAAAUGUUAGAAUUAGUGGAUUUGUCAUGCAGCAAAAAGAAAUUCCAGCUUCCCCUGUUAGAAAUAGGAAGCAUUUCAUUUCAAGACUGCAAUCAACCACUUUAAAUCUUUUAUUUAUUCUUAGUUUUAUGUUUAUUUUCUGUUACCUAUGGCUUUUUUUGGUCAAUAUUUUUAAUAUCUUUUCUUGACUACCAAAGAGAAACUACAAAGUCAAUGUUGUGCGUUCCAUGUAGGCAUGGGCCGGUUACCGGUAUCAACAUGUACUGAUAUCUUGAAGCCACUUAAGUUUUUUCCCCCAUCAUGCCAUUUUUAUGGUAUUGUCCUUUUAAUGAAACCAGAAAUAAAGUCCAAGAGGGAAUCAUUACAAGGUUUUCUAUGGCUGCAGGAAGCAUAAAUUGGUGGGAAGGUGGCUGAAAGUAAGGCCCGUUUCACACAUGCGUAAAAUACCAAUUCAGCUGUUUGGAAAUAUUUGCAGUCGAUAAGUUUUGCUUUUCGGUUUCAAAUAAAUGCGUUUUAAAUUAUGUGCUGCAAUUUUGCCAAAA